UCGCCCAUUGAGUCGUUGGGUACCCUGUGUUUUCCAAAACAAGGUGUCAUGGCCGCUUCAGGAGUGUUGGGUUCUUUUACUGGUAAAGUGGCGCUUAUUACCGGGGGUAGCUCUGGUAUUGGUGCAGCGACCGCCCUUCUUCUCUCAAAGCUUGGGUGUAGCGUGGCAUGCGGUGGUCGCAGUGGAGAGAAGUUGGCCAAAGUGACACAGGAAUGCCAACAGCAAGGCAAGGGCAGUGAGGUGCUUGCUGUUGAGGGGGAUUUAUCUCAUGAGAAAGAUGUAAAAGACCUUCUGGAGAAGACCCUAGAAAAGUUUGGGAAGCUAGACAUAUUGGUGAACUGUGCUGGAAUACUCCCCACAGGAACCAUAGAGAACACAUCCCUACAAACUUUUGAUGAAGUCAUGAAUGUCAAUGUGAGAGCCGUGUUUUACCUCACAUCUCUGGCAGUUCCCCAUCUCAUCAAGACUGAAGGUUGCAUUGUGAAUGUCUCAAGUGUGAAUGGACUUCGCUCAUUCCCUGGGGUUUUAGGAUACAACAUGUCCAAAGCCGCCUUGGAUCAAUUUACCAGAUGUGUUGCCUUAGAACUUGCUCCAAAGAAAGUGCGAUGCAACUCUGUCAACCCUGGAGUGAUAGUAACUGGUCUUCAAAGGCGAGGAGGUCUGGAUGAGGAAGCUUACCAAAAAUUUCUCGAACAUUCCAAGACUACGCAUGCGCUCGGGAGACCUGGCGAAGCAGAAGAAGUUGCGCGCGCAAUUGCAUUCCUGGCAUCCGCGGAGACCGCUGGAUUUAUCACGGGUGCGACUCUACCUGUGGACGGAGGACGCCACGCGAUGUGCCCACGAUAGGUCAGCGGCUGUGCUUUGUGACGUAGAUGGGUAGAAAAUAGUGAUAAUAAUAAUAUUCAACAUUCAGACAUGUUUAGGGUAUGGUUUAUAGGUAGCACUGGUGUCGGACAGAGGCAGUAGAACACUAAUGGAGAGAGACCUGUGAUUUUCCUGUGAAAAAAAAACUGUGAAUUGAAACAACCUGUGUAAAACCUGUGGUUUAAAUUUCACAGGUUUCUCAGAAAGAUCUGAUCUCAGCCAAAAACCUGUGAAAAACCUGUGGUAUUCCUAUGAAAAUCUUGUAAUUUUUCACAUGAAAAUCACAGGGAAAAUCACAGGUCUCUCUCCAGUAGUGGAAGUAAAGAUAAAGUUAAAUGACGGACCACGGGUGGUUCCGUGGGUCCAAUAGAACCAUCCUUUUAAUAACACAAUGACUGUGCUCGGAGGAAGACAAUUGAGGGCUUGGAGGAUUAUUGUAUUGUAUUUUUUCAAGCUCAACCACCCUUUGAAAAAUCCUGGAUCCGCCACAGAAUUACUUCUUGAAUAAAAACAUAUUUGCUAUUA